UAGGAACUGUAAGCAUUCCAAAGUUCCCAAUCUGUUUCCUUUUCUCGCUUCCCUCCUCCUUCCUUCUCUCUUCUUCAAUGAUUCUCCUUCCACAGGUGUCGUAUUUCCUUCAACGCUAUCAAAAAGAAAAAAAAAAUACAAACAAGAAAGUACUGACUCUUUGUUUUCUGGAUCGUCCUCGCGUUCAUGUUUGUCUGUACAUGUACGACCGAGUCCGCCGUCAUACCGUCUUUUUUUUGUUUUUUUGGAUACUUCAUCUCCACAGCCACAAGAGCCAGCGGCAGCAACAAUGACAACGACAGUGGCAUACUCAGCCUAGUCGCUACUGGGGGAUCAGCGGCGGUGGUGGUGAUGAUGAUGAUGAUGAUGGGACACUGGGCCAGGACUAGGAUCAGGAGCACAGCGUCCCUCCGGCGGCCGUGGAGACGUCGGUGCGGAUUAAACUUGGAGCGAGGGGUUCCGUUGCCGCCAGAAUCGGGGAGAAUGAAGGACGCGUUUUGUGCGGUCCGAAGGAGAGGAGGAAGGAGGAGGGAGGUUAUAGACCUUUUUUUACAACCCGUAUAGGCGCGUGCCCUAUGCUCAAUCGAAAAACUCAGCCAAGGCACCGACUUUGCGUUUCUUCCUCCUCCUCCUCCUUCCCACGCUUUCACAGAGUUAUAUACCGCCAGCA